AGUCGCGUCACUGUGUUGAGUGUCUGAAGCCGUUGGCUUCGAACCGCCUGGCUUUGUAUCUUAUCUAUUAGCGUUAAAAUGUUAAUUAAUUUCCUUGUUAUAUCAAUUUUGUAAUAUUUGGAAAGAGAUAACAUGGUUUAGCUUUAACACGUGGAUUACAGCGGAAGCCAUCUAUCAAAAGAUUUCAGACAAAGUAGGUAGCUAGCUACUGGAUUAUGGGGACACAUUUUGAAAGAGCAGCUAGCUAGCCUUGCUAGUUAACCAGCACCGUUCAUAUAAAGAACGAAUCUUGUUUUGUUUUGUUGGAACACAGGAAUAAAUGCAAAAUAUUGCGACCCCUUUCUAAAGAUUGCUGAGUUCCUCCUCUGGACGGUGGAGCAAUGAGCUUCUGAAAGACACUUGAUCACAUGGCUACCAUUCCCUUCGUUGACCACCAGGAUUAAAAAUGAGCAUUAGCAGUGAUGAGGUCAACUUCCUGGUGUACAGAUACCUGCAAGAGUCAGGCUUCUCCCACUCGGCGUUCACCUUUGGCAUAGAAAGCCACAUCAGCCAGUCCAAUAUCAACGGAGCCCUGGUUCCCCCUGCUGCCCUCAUCUCCAUCAUCCAGAAGGGCCUGCAGUACGUGGAGGCAGAGGUCAGCAUCAAUGAGGAUGGAACUCUGUUUGACGGGAGGCCCAUCGAGUCGCUGUCUCUGAUCGACGCUGUGAUGCCCGAUGUGGUGCAGACGCGGCAGCAGGCCUACCGGGAAAAGCUGGCCCAUCAGCAGCAGGCAGCCGGGGCUGGCAGCGCCAGUGGCACCCAGGGCCCCCAGCCCGGCAGCACCAAGAAUGGAGAGGGUGGAACCGCUGCCAACGGCGAGGAGAAUGGCGCCCACGCCUUAGCAAACCACCAUGCAGACAUGAUGGAGGUGGACGGGCAUGUUGACAUUCCCCAGAACAAGGCCAUGGUGCUGCGAGGCCACGAGUCCGAGGUGUUCAUCUGUGCCUGGAACCCCGUCAAUGACCUGCUCGCCUCAGGGUCUGGGGAUUCAACGGCGCGGAUCUGGAACCUGAGUGAGAACGGCACAGGCAGCUUCACCCAGCUGGUGCUGAGACACUGCAUACGGGAGGGGGGUCAGGACGUACCCAGCAACAAAGACGUCACCUCACUGGACUGGAAUAGUGAGGGUACGCUGCUAGCCACAGGCUCGUACGAUGGCUUUGCCAGAAUAUGGACUAAAGACGGGGACCCCUUUGUGUGGCUCAAGAGCAACCUCGAAGGCAAAAGUAACCUCGCCAGUACCUUGGGCCAGCACAAAGGUCCUAUAUUUGCCCUCAAAUGGAAUAAGAAAGGCAACUUUAUCCUCAGUGCAGGAGUAGAUAAGACCACGAUCAUUUGGGAUGCUCACACAGGGGAGGCCAAGCAGCAAUUUCCCUUUCACUCAGCGCCGGCCCUGGACGUGGACUGGCAGAGCAACAACACGUUUGCCUCCUGCAGCACGGACAUGUGCAUCCAUGUGUGUAAGCUGGGCCAGGACCGGCCAGUCAAGACCUUCCAGGGACACACGAAUGAAGUGAACGCAAUCAAGUGGGAUCCUACGGGGAGUCUGCUGGCCUCCUGCUCCGACGACAUGACACUCAAGAUCUGGAGUAUGAAGCAGGACUCGUGUGUCCACGACCUGCAGGCCCACAGUAAGGAGAUCUACACCAUCAAGUGGAGCCCCACGGGGCCUGGGACCAACAACCCCAAUGCCAAUCUGAUGCUGGCCAGUGCGUCGUUUGACUCGACUGUGCGCCUGUGGGACGUGGAGCGCGGCGUGUGCAUCCACACGCUCACCCGUCACCAAGAGCCCGUCUACAGUGUGGCCUUCAGCCCCGACGGGCGCCACCUAGCCAGCGGCUCCUUCGACAAGUGUGUCCACAUCUGGAACACACAGACGGGUGCUUUAGUUCACAGCUACAGGGGAACGGGGGGCAUCUUCGAGGUGUGCUGGAACGCCACGGGGGAUAAAGUGGGAGCCAGCGCGUCAGACGGAUCAGUUUGUGUACUAGACCUGAGGAAAUGACGCUUGUUUGGGGAGCCAUGGACCGACUACGAAUGUGUACAUAGCCAAAAUGACUGUCCCAGCCUGUCGUCUACACUGCUGUAGUCCCAUCAGAAGCCAUGGCCCAUCAUCACAACCACCACCACCAUUACCAUCACAGCCAAACAGAGCACCCCAACACCCCCAUAAACACACAGACUACCCCUCCAGAGAAGAGGUCAAACUAACCCCCAGCAAAGGGGAUCUGGACUUCCCUCAAGUCCGACUCAGACCCACAGGAGAGAAAAAUGACUAUAUUAUGGUCACCGAGACAAAAAUCAUAUUGAAGAGAAGAGGACCCAUUGCAUACAUACCAAAAUAUCUGCAAUUUGUUUUAUUUAUUUAUUUUUUAUCCUUUAUACCAGAAAUGAGAAAUGUUAAGCUUUUCCCCCCCACGUUGUUGGUGUGUGCAUAUUGUACAUGUCCACAUUUUUUGUUGUCCUGUGGCCAUUUUGUUUUGCUGUAGGUUUGUGUUACAUGUCGAGAGAGGUAAGGUCAGUAGGAUUUUUUUUCUUAAAUUUGGGUAUUGGGAUAUUGGGAGAAAUCAUUCAUUUUGGCACUGUCCAUGCAUGUUUUUGUGGUUCACAAAUACAUUGAACAACAAAUAUAUAUUUAUAAAGUUGAAAUAGGUUCAUUUGUUUUCAAUUCAAAGCUUCAAACAAUUAAAUUCAAAGUUUUUUUUCUUCAGUUUGCCAAAAUCCUUUUAUUAAACAUUUUUGGGAGAGCAGCUAGUGGGGAUUAAAGGUGCCAUAUGCAUACUUGUACUUCUUAUUACCUUUAAAUGGCUUCAGGUGUGCAAAACUGUUAGCUUAGUAGAUAUCUGAGAAUUCUAAUAAACUCUUGGACUAAAGAUCAUCACUGCAGCUACUAGAAAGCCCCAUCCUCUUACAUUCUAACUACAUGUGAUGUUAGAUUUGAGUGUAAUGGAUUGGUUAGGGGAAGUUGCAGACACUGAUAUAAGGUCAGUUUGGCGUUUUCUCCCGUAAUGGCUAUGGCUAGGAUUGGGGGAUGGUAAGCUGAUCCUCGAUCUGUGCCUCCGGGGAGCUUUUAGCCAGAAUAUAGGGAUGGCAGUGCUUUGGGUAGCUCAUGAAUGACAGGACAACCCACAUUCAAAGCCACAAUGUCCUACAGGUGGGUUGUGUUCAGUAGGACACUAAGUAGCAACAAGUUUUGCUAUGGAAAAACACGUGUUUCACUUUGGACACGUUCAAUUAGAACCUCCACGUUUCAGAACGAUUUCUCCCUAUUGAACACUCUCCCUGUAUCCUGAUUGGUUGAUAGAGGAUGUUACCAUUAACAUCUGAGCUGUGCUAUUCACGAUAUGUUGUACCUCCACUGUCCAUUGCGUGCUAAGCUAACAAAUGCUAAAUGAUAAUCAGACUAAGCCAUCACUUAAGUUUAUUUUUUGCUUUGUUUUGUUGACCGGUCUUGCUUGGUAAUUAAUCUGGACAUACUGUAGCUGUCUUGAUUUCAGCAGUAACACCUGCAUAUAGUGGUGUGUACUGUACAGAGGACCUUCAUAGCACCUACAUAAGUAUUACGCCGGCCCUUUUUCAAAUGUCUGCAGUCAGUUUCAACCAUGCUUCCUUCAAUCGACAACCAACUCAUCACAUUUGAAAUGUUAACGCUGGGCAACCUUAUUGCAAUUUGUCAUGUUGAACAAAAUGUUUGAUUGUCAUUGACUGUUGAUGUCUGGGAUCUGGUGAUGUUUAUGUUGAUGUCUUCAGGUGUCAUGUUUAGGUGGUUGACUCCGACGUCAAAGUUAGCCGGUAGUUUUCGGACCCGAAAGAGGUCUAAAGGCGUCCGCAUGCUUCAGUUUGCCUGGCGGCUAGCCAAAGUCGACUAGGCGAACUGAACAAGUGUGCUCGUAUACUUCCGUAAAAGACCUUCACUUUUAAAGAAUUAAACAAGCGGCAGUAGUACUACUGUUUGUCCAUUUUGAGACACCGUAGCCAGUAUACACUUUCUCAAAAUAAUCCAAAUUAAUCUAAGAUUAAUCUAAAUCCUGAGUUAUUAUUAUUUAUUUAUUUUUACCUUUGUUUAACUAGGAAAGUCAGUCAGUUAAUUCUUAUUUUCAAUGACUGCCUAGGAACAGUGGGUUAACUGCCUUGUUCAGGGGCAGAACAACAGAUUUUUACCUUGUCAGUUUGGGAAUUCGAUCUGGCAACCUUCCGGUUACUAGUCCAACACUAACCACUAGGUUACCUGCCGCCCCAAAUCUAUCAUUCAUUUUUACAUUUUUGCAGAGAAGAUCUUCGAUAUAAAAUUGUGCAACUAAGAUAUUUGGUGCAGUAUUUCUCAAUGAAAAAAUGAGCAUGAAAAUGAGUUGUCUCGUUGAAUGUCAACAGACUUCACUGAAGAAUCCUGUUCUUCAGGAUGUUGACCAAUCACUGACGAACAGGUGUAGACUUCAGCUACCAACCUCGGCUUUUCUCUAGAAAAUAUUGUGUGCCUGGAAAAACCCUUACUGAAGUCCAAAAUUAACAAAAACAUCACAAAAUGUCAUAAUAUAUGCACAAACGCUUCCGAACUGUUUCGGCUGGGAAGCAUGCGGACGCCUUUACACGAGAUUAGUCUACGUUCCAAGACUACUUUUUUGAGUUCUAUAAACAUCUGACAAAGUUAGAUUUUUGAGUGAACCAUUGCUUUAAGUGUUCUGUUUUAGGACACAAUGCUGUGUCUGCUCUUUGGUCGUGGUUUUAAAAGUGAUUUUGUGCACAGCACCAACACAGGCUGUGUUGAGGCCUAUGCAUGGAUAGACAGCGUUUUUGUUUUGUGGUGUUUCAGAAGGUGCAGGUUUUUUAAAGUUUUUUUUUAAGCCUUUUUUUUCCUUCUGUUUUUUUUUUUUUGCAGGGAGAUUAGUUGAGAUGAGAAGCGGACUUUGGGACAUAUAUGACUUCAUGUAACUAAAUAUAAUAUAUCUGUGACAUCACAGGCAAUUCUUUUUAUAUGCCACUCAAGUGCAAGGGUGGUUUAAAAAACAAAAUCUAACUCUUGAAGACAUGCUUGGAAAAUGUGGCGGUACUAUACAUCAUGUGGGUCUUUUACCAUGAGAAAUGGUUCUUUAUAAAAUACCAUUGAACGGUCAUAGCUAUAAAAGAGAAGAGCAGCCCUAAGACUGGGUUUAUAUGUUCUUUUUUUCCUGCACUUAAGAAUAAUGCGUAACAGGGAGAUGUUUAAACCAGGGUUGUAGUCAAUUCUAUUUUGAUUCAUUCUGUAAGUGAAAUUUCAAUUCAAGAACUGAAAAAAAAUCCUCAUUCUAAAUGAAUGCCACUUUUUAUUUUUUUAUUCUUGAAUUGGAAUUUCAGUUCAUCCCAUACAUUUAAUUUAGAGUUGACUCCCAACCCUGGUUGGCACAUCCAGACAGGGAUUAAUGCUUGUGGUUUUAUUUGAUUUCACUCUCAGCUGAACGUGUGCAGUAGUUCUGUUAAAAAGGAAGGGGAAAUAGUAGUGUCUAAACUGUUGACAUAUUGGUUACACAUUGGAUCCAGGCCAAUUUCAUGGCAUUCCAAAAUCCCAUAUCUUAGCCCUAGCUAUCAUCCUGUCGCUUUAAAACACCAAUGUUGUUUUUUGUUGUCUUUUCAAAGGCCUCCUUUGCGAUUUUCUUUCUCAGAAUGUCACUUGUUUUACAAACAAAUUUUGUACAGAAGCUAAGAGUAUUUUGAAGUUUUCUUUAAUAUAAUCAACAGUGAGUGGAUUGUACCAUGAUGACACGAUUUAUUAUGAAGUCUAUGACAGUGGAAUGGUAUUUUAUAACCCUUUUGUUUUUAAAAAGAGAUGCUUUUUACACUGCAUUCAAGUGUUUGCUAUUUUUUUUUGUUCCUACCUAAAGUACUAAUUCUAUCUUUGCUAUGUCUAAAAAGCCCUUGAAGGUUUUGUACUCUUUGGAAACUUUUAUAAUUCAGAUUUAUUUGUAGCUAUGUAGGCAAAAAUGAACAAAAACAAUAAAUCUCAACUUUAACAAGGACGUGUCAUAACACCCUGGACCAUGUAAAUACCUGUUUGCAGAUGUUUUUUUGUUCCAUGUCUUUGCCCUCACCCUUAUGUUCUCUCUCUCAUAUGGUUGCUGAGACUCUCUCUGCAACCUACGCAUUUGACUGUUGUAAUAUCACUCAGAUCUUUGAAACGUCUAGAAUAAAAUCUAUUUUGAUAAUA